CAAUGACCCGCCCCUCCCCCCCACUUCCACCACCAUUACCACCACCACCACAAACACAAUCAACACACCCGGAAGAUGUCAACAACAACAACUACUACACGCUCCUGCGCCUGCCGCUGCCACCGGCAGUGCUGCCCGCGGCGGCAAUAAAGAAAGCUUACCACGCGGCGCUCCUGCGGCACCACCCAGACAAGCACUCGCGCAGCGCCCCCUCCCCCACCCCCACCAGCACCAGCACCAGCAGUAGCACCAGUGCCCCACCCCCGAGCGUCGACCAGAUCACCACCGCCUACAAAACCCUCUCCUCGCCCGGCCUACGGCAGGAAUACAACGCGACGCUCACGCUUUCCUUCACUUCCACUUCCGCUGCCAGAGCGGCGGGGAGCGAGGUCGUGCAAACGGUGGAUCUAGACGAGUUUACGUACGAAGAGGAGGACGAGGAUGGGGAUGGGGGUGGCGGGAGGUAUGUGAAAUCGUGUCGGUGUGGCGAGGAGAAGGGGUUUGUUAUCGAAGAGGUGGAGCUGGAGCAGGCGGCGGAGGAGGGCGGGAGGGAGGUCGUCGUGGGCUGUGUAGGCUGCAGUUUGUGGUGGAGAGUGGGGUUUGAGGUGCUGGAUGAGUGAAGGCGUGAAGACUACGGAGGGUAGAGGGCGGAGGGUAGAGGGUGGAGAGGCAUAGACACGGCUCGGAGGACAGCAACGCAAUGCGUCUAGUUUCCGGACCCAGCUCGGGCUCGACCGACGCCCUAGGACUGGCUCCGCUCUCACCCAGUUCGCGAAAUCUACAAGUGGUGAUCGGCUUUUGGCAUGUAGAACAGCCAUCGGCGGUCACAGUUGGUUUUGGUAGUUGGAAACAUGUAGUGUACUCUGUAGAUCCCGGUUAGAUCUCGAGUAUCUACCCGCCAUCCUUGGAGUCAAUGCAGGCGGCCGACCUGG